AAGAUGAAGGAAAUUAAUUUGGAUAAGUGGAAGAACAUCCGUGGUCCGCGUCCCUGGGAGGACUCGAAGGAGUACCAGGAGCAGCAACGCAGGAACAGAACAGACUGAGGCUCCAGAUUAAACAUUCACUGCAGAGGAGCAGGAGCAGACAGCUGAGAGGCCCACAGAGAGACAUCACCAACAACAUUCAGUUAGCACUGCUGCUUCAGGGUCUGAACUUGACUGCUGUUGGUUUACCUUGGAUCUGAUUCUGUGGGUUGGGGAAAUACGUUUGUUAGAAGUGGUAGAACUACAGUUUGGAAAUUUAUUCCAUAUGAGAAAACUCUGACUUAUGUUUAAAAAUGUUGAUAUUUUUAUUUUUAUUGUACACAAAACCAAAACCAAUCUGAUCAAAAGA